UGUGCUGUGAUUUUGCUUAUCAAUUGAUCUCAUUUGUUUUUUAAAAGGGAAAUGAUGGAAGGCCUACAUUUUCUCGAGAAAGCGAUUUUACUGUUGUUCAUGGUAUACAUAUAUUCUGAGGUUCAUGCCAUCACCUUUUGUGAAAAGUCAGCCAUGACAAUAAAAUAUGUGGAGAAAUGUCCAACAGACGCUAAAUCCUGGAAGAUCGCCGCCGAAAAGAUGAACUGUGAAUCCAUUGAACAACGUUGCUCAGAUUCCUUCAAGACCGGGCGACAUCAGUUCCAGUACCAUUGCGUCAUCAAUGCUUGGAGGAACGCCACUUUGGAAGUGUGUGCCCUUAACCGAACUAUAUUUGGUUAUUGUACAGAAUACAACAUUAACGGGACGGUGAUACAAGACAACUAUGGAGCAGAUUGUACAAAGGUUAUCCCGCCAUGUCCAUCAUCCUACAACUCAGCAGAGGCAUACAAGUAUCAAACUUGCUAUGAUCUGGUGAGAAGAAAUCGUAAGAUGAGAGAAUACACAGUUACAGAUUUGAAGCAUCCAAAUUCAAACUCAGAAAGGGUCUGUGGAAAGUUGGCCUUACCAAUCCUGACCAUUCUCCUUGUGAUUCAAGCGCAUGUUUUUAAUGAUCAUUUCAUACAACUUGUCUUAUGUGAAGAUAGACUGCAAACAAAUUAAAUCUUUAAGUUUAAUAUCAUUGUAUUUUCCAAGUUUAUUUUUCUUUAAAUUGUACAAUUUGUAAAAUAAUGAAGAUGUUCGUUAAAACUCAGUUAAAUCAAUUAAAACACUGAAAAUAUUUUCUUCUUACAGCUAAUAGAAACUUUAGUAUUAGUAUAUAUGUUUAUCGUCAUUAGUACCAUUCAUAUGUCUAUAAUGCAACUGGAUUGUAAUUUUCCGUUCAUGUAUAUAAAUG